AUGUCCAAUGACAUCCUCAAAGCUGAUCAGAUAGCCUUCCACUUUUAUACGAAAUUGUUCUAUGCUGUGAAUCAUGCUAGGGCGACGGAGGAACCAAGUACGAAUCCAAAACCUGAUAAAUGGUUCAACUUGGAGACUCCCGACUCGGACCUCUUCACCAAGGAGGCGCGCGAGCCUUAUCGGAGCAUCUCAUUAGCUCCACUUCCAGGUCCUCCGACGCUAGAAUUACAAGUACUUUUGUCGAUUCCAGACCUGACAAAUAACCAAGUCCUGGUGUAUAUGUCUCCUGACUCAUCUCGCGUCAGAAUCGAGCCAACUCCAAAGUUCAUACUUUUAGAGACAUGGUCUCUGGGGAUGACCUUACAUCGCCCUGGACAUCAACCUGGGGACAAUACAGAUGUCGCCCUUCCCAUAAUCUACAAGCAGGGCAUCAUAUUGUUUCGCAGCGUCUUCAGUUUGCUCAGGGUGCUGCCUGUAUGGAAGUUCUACAAGCGUCUAAAGAGGAAAGUUGGGGGAAUCAAUAGGAAUGGGCACCUGGGAAUCAAAGUGAGGGUGCGACCUCACGGGGAGGAUGAGAACGACACGAGGAUACUUGGGUUCGACGCCAGACUGUCACCAACGUACCGUACACCGCUUCCCACCUCAACUCACAAUUUCCACCCUGUGCCCCAUCUGUUCGGGACAUUCAAUUUAUCCACCACUUAUCUAAAUACCCCCAACUUCCAACUGGACGAAUUAGAGUCCCUGCUGUCGUCCAGGUUCAUAUCCCUCGAUCUAGAGGGUUUUAUCCCGACUCUAGAUAAGAAUCGGCAACGCGACUCCAUGUCAGGAUCAUCUUUGCCCACCAGUAGUGGCAUUCGCUCAAGUGUGUCCCGAUCUCCUCCCAGGGCCAUUGGAAAGACUACUUCAGGGGGCAGUGGCGCGGACAGUGUCAGCGUGGCUGAGAGGUUCAUACUCCCAUCCCGUGUGUCAAGUAUGGGGGCACCUUCUUUAGGAAUGACUGCGAGCUCCGGGACAAGUGCACUUAUACCCCCACCACGACCAUUUCCUUCAACAAACCCCUCAUCCAAUACCCCUCAUGCUAUCCCUUCACAACCCAUUCCUGCCUCUGGUCUGGCAGUCAACCGUCUGCGAAAGGAGAGCCUCAAUUCUUCUUCCUCUUCUUUGCUAUCCACCAGAGAUCUUCCUUUAGGCCCACCCGCCGGCACUUCAUCACUAUCUUCCUCUCCUGUCUCCGGGGCUCUCCCCAUCCGCCGACCCAACAUCGGCCAGGUUCACCCUUUCAAAUCCAACACAUUCUCAAGCAAUUCUGGGUCAUCUCCUUCACUAUCAAUUCGGCAGGGUGCCGGAGGCAGCGGCUCUCCUGCAGGGGGGCCUUCAGUCCUCUCUGGAGCCACACAUUCGCCCAUCGGGAACCCGGCCCGGCUACCUCCAUCGCCGAUGAGCACUGGUUUUGUCUAUCCUUCACCGCCUGCAGGUGCGACCACCUUUGCGCCAUCUAGUCUUGGGGAUCGACGUCCAGGGACGAGUGGAAGCGGAGCAAGUUCAGAGAGAGACCGCGACAGGAGGAUGAGCGUGAACAGCUUUGGUCAGGGGUCGGGUAUAGGUAUGGCAGGAGGCGGAAAUGGAGAGGUUGAGGAGGGACGCGCUCCUGUCCCUGUACCUAUGCCAACGAGGAAGAGAUAUUCUAGUAGUUUUGGUCAUCGCUAUGCUGGUAGUGUGGGCAGCGGAACUGGAAUUCCUGCCCCUGGUUCUGCCAAUAGUGGAGGAGCCGUCGUCGGUGGCCUUGAUGGUAGGAAUGUUGGAGGUAGUGGAAGUACUCCUGGAAGCGGGAAUGCAAGUGGUCGAGGCACUCCUGCAAGUCUUGGUGCUGGUAGUGGACAAGAGGGGAAAAGAGAAGUAAGCCAUUUUCUUUUAUUCGUGCUUGCUGUGGAUGUCAUUUUGGUUCAAUUCGCCGUGGAGCCGUGUAUUGAUGUUAUUUCGUUUCUUAACACUAGGACAGACGACGACGACAUAUCCAUUUUUGUUCAGGAUAUCGAAGAACGUAAACCGCUCACAGGUCGAACGAAGGAAAGAGAGAAACAGGAUCGAGACCGAGUACAGCUCGAACAGCAGAGGAAAUAUGGAUGGCAUUAUGAAGAACGUGGACAUGGUCUGGUACCCUCGGAGUCCUCAUCAGCUAAAGGCAAGGAGAAAGAGCGAUCGGGGUGGAGCCUGGAGAGUACGGAAACAGACCAACGGCGGCGGCGACUCGAUGGCACUGCUGGUGCAUAUGUGGGCGAAGACGCGUACACCACCUCGCCGCCACCGUUGGAUGAUUCUCCCACUUUUGACGUUGCGGAUCUUGACGAUCGCCUUGCGUCCACUGCGGAGCGGGCUGCGCAGCUCUCUACUUCCCCAAAUCGGGGCCCUAUGCUUACCAGUCAGAAUGAGGUCGAUGAAAGGUUGAAGCAAAUGAACGAGCGGUUCCUCAAGAGUCUGGAAGGUCUAGGUGGAGGUAGCACGCGGCGGAAGAAGAAUAGCAGCGCCACUCAAGGUUCCAUUUCUUCUGCUACAUCUGUUUCGCAGGCCAGGGAUGACACUAGUACCAGUGGGAGCUCUACCUCACGUCCGUCACGCGGGCUUAGCCUCGGUUUUCCUUCUCGAGAAAGUAGUGAAAAGGAUUUGGAUCCGAACAGGCUUCCUUAUCCUCCUUACUUCUACACCUCUGGAUCGGGACAGGGUGUUGGAAGAGGACGACACUCAUCCACAAGCUCUAGUACGAUGGGAACGAGCGAGGGUGGAGCAAGCCAGGGGUCAGAAGAGGUCAUUGGACGCAUGGAACUUUACGAAGACAAGCGGAAGGGUAGAUAUCAGGGCUAG